CCAAAAAAAUCUGUACAGGAGCCUGAGAGACUGAAGUGACACAAAAUGAGAGGACUUGUUGUCUUGGUUACUCUGGCCUGUCUUGCCAGCGCACAGCACCAGGCACUGAUUGACUAUUUGGAGCGGAGGCUGCUUGCUAUAGAGGACCGGAUCUCACUGUGGCAUGAGCAGACCACUCGGUACGCCUCGGAGCUGCGGGAGCUGAAGCAACAGAUGGUCUCCCAGCUGGAGACCCUGGACAAAGAGAAAGAGACACUGAGGAUGAAUCUGGACAGUGUGGGGACCCGGGUGGACCGAGUUGAGCGUGAGAUGGACUACCUCGAGACCCAGAACGGAGCUCAGCCGUGUGUGGACGUGGACGACAAGCUGAUUGAACAGGAGGUGACGCUUGUAAAGGAAAAACAGAGGGCCAAGUAUUCAAAACUAUCAGACUGCAGUGACAUGAUCUCCAGCAUUAAAGCCAUGAAGAUCUUGAAGCGAGCAGGGGGGCCGAAGGGCACGUGGACCAAAGACACCAACAGAGGCUCAGGGAAAAUCUACGUUUUUAAUGGGACAGAUGAAGACACUAUCCAUGAGUUCGCAUCUGUGCAGGACUUCACCCGCUCGCAGGGCUUGUCUCUUUCCCAGAACCUGAAGCUGCCAUCCGCCUGGAGGGGAACGGGACACGUCGUCUUCAACAAUCAUGCCUAUUACAUAAAACAGGAAGAGGAGAUGAUGGUGGUGAAGUAUAACAUUAAAAACGGCUCUGUGACAGACAGCGCAGUGUUCCCGGUGCAGGACCAUAUGCCUGUUUACGGCCUGACUCCUGAGACAGUGAUGGACCUGGCUGUGGACGAGGAAGGCCUGUGGGCCAUUUACUCCACACGACAGAAUGAUAAGCACAUCUCUCUGGCAAAAAUGGACGCCAACUCUCUGGACAUCGAACAAAUGUGGGACACAAACUGUCCUAGAGAAAACGCAGAGGCGGCUUUCGUCAUCUGUGGCACUUUGUAUGUAGUGUACAACACCAAGCAGCCUGGUCGCUCUCGUGUCCAAUGUGUGUUUGAUGUCAACGACAUGGUGACCAAUGAAGAAGCACCGCUGGUUUACUUUCCAAAGCGUUAUGGAGCCCACUCAAGUCUGAAGUACAACCCGCAGGAGCAGCUGCUCUACGCCUGGGACGAUGGCUAUCAGAUCCUGUACAAACUUAUCAUGAAGAAGAAACUAGAAAUCUGACCCAAAAUGUUCAUAAGCGAACCCAAACACUCUUUAAGUAUCAUGAACAAAGUCUGAUCUCCUUCAAUACAAUUCAAUACUUUGACUUAGUGUCAAGCUUUUUAGAGAAUUCUGUUAAAUUUCAGAAUUUCAAGAUAAACCUGAUUUCAUAGCCAGUGGUUUCUGUCACGUUUCAAAAAUCAACUUGACACUGACAGAACUUUCUUGACGUGUGAAAUCUGCAGUCUUUUUUUCAAAUUUGUUGCAAUACAUGGUAUGAUGUCAUGACAUUAUAAGGUCAGACUCAUUUGAAUAUACUUUACAACUCAAGCAAGUUUCAAGAGUAUGCCUCUUAUUUUCACAGUACAGAAAUAGCAACAAAAAAAAAUAGCAUCAGUGUUCAGAUUCAUGACACAAAGAGAUCGUGGGUUUGACAUGUCAUUCUACUGAAACACACUUAAAAAAAUGAGCAAAAGUGCUAGAUUGUAGAAAAUGCAUCUACAUAAGUUCUUAAAGUUUGUCUAGUUCAGUGUUAAAUCAUAUUUUUAAUCAGACUGCACUGCAUGUAUGUUUGAAUAAUGAUUUUUGUAUCUACCAGUGUAGAGGAUUUCUGUACUUACCUGUGGCCUCUUGCUGUACAGUGUGUUUACGUUUCUGAAGGUUUUCCAGGCUAGGAUACUUUGUGGUGUUAAGCACUUCUUUCUUUUUCUUUAAAAUGCCAUUACAGGAUAGAGUACAUCGUACUGAACUUCUCUUUACAAAUUAGUUUGAUUCAAAUUUUAACUCAAGAAAAUCUGUCCAUCUCCAACACUUCACGUCAGUUAGUCAUCAUAAAUCCUAGUAACAUUGCUGAGGACAUGACAACACUCUUGCCUGUGAUUUGGUGUGAUGAGGCCUUUGCUUUUACAAGACAUCCAUCACAAAGAUUAAAACAUUAUGUGCAGAAUGUAUAAUAAUCAGUUUUUAAACAGGCAUUCAUGUAGCUGCCCAAGGCUAUGCCAUGUUCAGAGAUAAUAUUAGGUUAAACUUUUUCAUACUAAUGCCAGUUUUUAAUUCAUCAGUCUUUUGAAAUGCAUUUGGAUUCAUUAAAACAAAGAUUUCAUUCAACUCUCUGCUGCUCUGUUAGAAAAUAUUUAACCAAAACAAUGUCUGAUCUUGUGUAAGAAACUUUCUGCUGGCUAGCUCUGUCAUAGUUCUCUCCUGAUGCUUUGUUCUUAUUCCACAGGUUAAGCACAUACAUGUUUUGUGUAAUUUUUUUACAAGCACAAGUCAACAAAUUUUAAAAAGCAAUACUCUUUGAAUUGUGCCUUUGGUGUAAUGCAAUAUUAAAUAAAUGUAUAUCUUAAUAUCUUUCA